AUGGAAACCCCUGGGGGUGAAGAGGAAAAUAUGACGGCCGAGAAAAUCCUGGAGGACAACAUCGACGAAUGCAACGACCAAGCAGGAAAUCCGUGUCAGCAGAUUUGUACAAACACUGUUGGCAGUUACUCGUGUUCAUGUAGUCCAGGAUACACCGUCAGUGGUACGAACUCUAGCACGUGUGAUGACAUCGAUGAAUGUCAUCGUCAGACAGGAAGCCCUUGCCAGCAGAUUUGUAUCAACGAUAACGGAGGCUACUCGUGCUCGUGUAACGCUGGCUACACCAUGAGUAGCACGGAUCACCAGAGCUGUAUAGACAUCGAUGAAUGCAACGACCAAGCAGGAAAUCCGUGUCAGCAGAAUUGUACAAACACUGUUGGCAGUUACUCGUGUUCAUGUAGUCCAGGUUACACCGUCAGUGGUACGAACUCUAGCACGUGUGAUGACAUCGAUGAAUGCAACGACCAAGCAGGAAAUCCGUGUCAGCAGAUUUGUACAAACACUGUUGGCAGUUACUCGUGUUCAUGUAGUCCAGGUUACACCGUCAGUGGUACGAACUCUAGCACGUGUGAUGACAUCGAUGAAUGUCAUGGUCAGACAGGAAGCCCUUGCCAGCAGAUUUGUAUCAACGAUAACGGAGGCUACUCGUGCUCGUGUAACGCUGGCUACACCAUGAGUAGCACGGAUCACCAGAGCUGUAUAGACAUCGAUGAAUGCAACGACCAAGCAGGAAAUCCGUGUCAGCAGAAUUGUACAAACACUGUUGGCAGUUACUCGUGUUCAUGUAGUCCAGGUUACACCGUCAGUGGUACGAACUCUAGCACGUGUGAUGACAUCGAUGAAUGCAACGACCAAGCAGGAAAUCCGUGUCAGCAGAAUUGUACAAACACUGUUGGCAGUUACUCGUGUUCAUGUAGUCCAGGUUACACCGUCAGUGGUACGAACUCUAGCACGUGUGAUGACAUCGAUGAAUGUCAUGGUCAGACAGGAAGCCCUUGCCAGCAGAUUUGUAUCAACGAUAACGGAGGCUACUCGUGCUCGUGUAACGCUGGCUACACCAUGAGUAGCACGGAUCACCAGAGCUGUAUAGACAUCGAUGAAUGCAACGACCAAGCAGGAAAUCCGUGUCAGCAGAAUUGUACAAACACUGUUGGCAGUUAUUCGUGUUCAUGUAGUCCAGGAUACACCGUCAGUGGUACGAACUCUAGCACGUGUGAUGACAUUGAUGAAUGCAGCGGUACUUCAAAUCCAUGCGAGGAUGUAUGUACAAACACAAUAGGAAGUUACACAUGCUCUUGUCAACGGCCUGGAUAUAUAAUUGAUGAAAUAAAUCCAACAAAAUGUAAAGCAAAUUACAUACCGUGUAACACAGAUGCCAUUGAAAAUACAGGUAUAAUAAUUAGCCCCAACUACCCGCAGAAAUACCCAUUCAGUUCUCAGUGUUUUUGGAAGAUACCUAUCAAACAACAUAUGGUUACCAUCAUCAGCAUUUUAGAUUUUCACCUAGAAACAUCACCAGACUGUGAAUCUGAUAACCUUAAGAUUUAUAAUGGUACUACCACUAGCGAUCCAGUGCUUUACACAUUUUGUGGUCAGUUUAAACCGGACCCUAUCAGUUCACCUUACAACCUGUAUUUGGUAUUCGGUUCUGAUUACCGUCGCAGCUAUAAGGGAUUUAAAUUAACCUACACUUACGAUACUGAUGAAUGCAACAAUCCCAUAAGUCCAUGCCACAAGACAUGCACAGACACAGAGGGUAACUUUACAUGCUCUUGUCAACCUGGAUACAUCAUUGACAGCAUUGACACAACAAGAUGCAAACCAAACUACUUACCUGCUAAUACAACUGCAAUCGACAACAUCGGUCUAAUAACUACCCCAAAUUACCCACAUAGCUAUGGAAAUGACUAUACUUGUUUUUGGACAAUACCUUCUAAGCCUCAAAUGCUGACAACAAUCAGUUUUAUAGAUUUUUACUUGGAAAGGGAAAGAUCCUGCACCUAUGAUAGUCUUAAAAUAUUCAACGGGACGUCAACAAGUGAUCCAAUUCUUCAAGUUUACUGUGGCCAUAUUAAAUCUGACCCAAUCACAUCUUACAGCAACCUGCAUUUGCCCGAGACCGCCGUUGACCCGCGAAUCUUGUCUAAACCCACGCCAGCUUAG